UGUCGUUUUAUUGAUUGGAAUGAUGUGGUUUACAAAAUUCCAACUUGCAAGAUGGUUAAUAAAUUAAUUUGUUUGCAAGCUACCGUAGUACGAGUAAGUGCCUCAAAGUUAUUAGAGUCCCGUCGAUCUUUUCGUUGCUUGAAUUGCUCUUCUGUUUUUUACGUUAAUAUAAGUUAUGAACAGAAUAAUAUUAUACCAAAACCGAAGUUCUGCCCUCAAGAAAAUUGCACGGGCGUUCGUUUUUUGGACAUGGUGGAAGCCAACAGCGGUAUUCCGGAAUAUUGUUGCGAUUAUCAGACUAUAAAAGUUCAAGAGCAAACGCAAAAUCUUGACUUUGGCUGCGUGCCGCAUACAAUAUCCGUUGUACUUGAGGAGGACUUAGUCGACUCGUGCAAAGCAGGUGACGACGUGCUGAUAACUGGAAUUCUUCUUCAAAGGUGGGAUUCUCUGCGUAUUAAUGAAAGAUGCGCUAUUGAGCUGUUUAUUAAAGCGAAUUCACUGGUGCAAGUUCAACCUCUUAAAAAAGAAUGCGUUCUAAGCGAUGAUGUUGUGGAGGAGUUCAGAAACUUCUGGCAGGAAUACGAAAACAGGCCCUUGUUAGGAAGAAAUAUAAUAUUGAGUUCUUUUUGUCCUCAACUUUACGGCAUGUAUAUCGUAAAACUGUCUAUUCUUUGCGUGCUUAUUGGAGGAAUUACUCGAAUAGACAAAGGGGGAACGCGGAUUCGUGGAGAAUCGCAUCUCCUACUUGUUGGGGAUCCCGGAACGGGAAAGUCCCAACUUUUAAAGUACGCAUCCAAGCUGGUACCACGUGCUGUGCUGACCUCUGGUACAGGCAUCACCACUGCGGGCUUGACCGUCGCAGCAAUGAAGGAAUCUGGCGAAUGGCAACUGGAGGCCGGAGCUUUGGUAUUGGCGGAUGGCGGGCUUUGCUGCAUCGAUGAGUUUGCAAGCAUGAGCGAGAACGACCGAACUACCAUCCACGAAGCAAUGGAACAGCAAACUUUGAGUGUAGCAAAAGCCGGACUUGUUUGUAAACUGAAUACUCGCGCUAUUGUACUAGCUGCCACCAACCCCAAAGGGAAGUACGACAUCGAAGAGGAUAUCACUAUAAACACUGCCUUGUCGAGCCCUCUCUUGAGCCGAUUCGAUUUGGUCACCGUCAUGCUCGAUAAGGUCGACUUGCACUGGGACAGGGAAGUAUCUGACCACGUGUUAAAAAAUGCCGGGAAUAAAGGAAAAAGAAGAGGCAGGCAAUGGUCUCUAGAGAAACUCAAGUCGUAUAUCUCGUUCGUUAAAAAACUUGAACCCCAAAUGACUGCUGAAUGUGAAAAAGUUUUAAAAAAAUAUUAUCAACUCCAACGGCAAUCCGACCUUCGCAAUGCCGCACGAACUACACUCCGUCUGCUAGAAAGUCUGGUAAGACUGGCUCAAGCGCAUGCACGGCUCAUGUGCAAAACGCACGUGGAAUUGUCGGACGCUGUCAUGGCCGUUUGGAUGAUGGAGUCUUCUAUGCACGGAGCUCCAGUUAGCCCUGAAAAGUCUCCUUUACGUUCUUUAUUUCCUGACGAUCCCGAUAAGGACUACUUUUUGCUCGAAGUGUCCAUUUUAGAACGAUUAGACGUUACUGAAUUGCUUCCAGCAGAAGUAAACAUCCAAGAUUAUAUGAAGGAAACGUUCAAUGAUACGCCCAUUCUUCCCGAAAUUACACUAAUGCCAUUACCUUCUGAAAAUGAGACCACGUGUUAUAACACGUGUCAAAACCAAUUUUUAGGAGCGCUUGAACCAGACAAUCGACCACGUGAUCUAGACGGCUUAACAGCACCAUUGGAUGAAAAACUUACCCGUUUUGCGUUUAAACCGAGGAAAAAGUUUUGCGGACUUCAUAAAUGUAAAGAACCAAUCAAUAAAUAACAAAUUAGAGCUCGUCCAAUAGAAAUAAGGAACGUUAUAACGGUUUCUAGGGAAAUAAUUCUUAAUAAAUUUUAAUUGGUUGGAAAA